AUGGCGGCGCUGGGCGGGGAUGGGCUGCGCCUGCUGUCGGUGUCGCGGCCGCAGCGGCCACCCGAGUCGGCGGCACUGGGCGGUCCGGGCCCAGGGCUGUGCUGCUGGGUGUCCGUGUUUUCCUGCCUCAGCCUCGCCUGCUCCUACGUGGGCAGCCUCUACGUCUGGAAGAGCGAACUCCCCAGGGACCACCCCGCCGUCAUCAAGCGGCGCUUCACCAGCGUCCUGGUAGUGUCCAGUCUCUCGCCCUUGUGCGUGCUGCUCUGGAGGGAACUCACAGGCAUCCAGCCAGGCACAUCCCUGCUCACCCUGAUGGGCUUCAGGCUGGAGGGCAUUUUCCCAGCAGCGUUACUGCCCCUGCUUCUCACCAUGAUUCUUUUCCUGGGCCCCCUGAUGCAGCUCUCUAUGGAUUGCCCUUGUGACCUGGCAGAUGGGCUGAAGGUUGUCUUGGCCCCCCGCUCCUGGGCCCGCUGCCUCACAGACAUGCGUUGGCUGCGGAACCAAGUGAUCGCCCCCCUGACAGAGGAGCUGGUGUUCCGGGCCUGUAUGUUGCCCAUGUUAGCGCCGUGCAUGGGCCUGGGCCCUGCUGUGUUCACCUGUCCGCUCUUUUUUGGAGUUGCCCAUUUUCACCACAUUAUUGAGCAGCUGCGUUUCCGCCAGAGCAGUGUGGGGAACAUCUUCUUGUCUGCUGUGCUGGGGCAGGAAGGAUGUGCAGGUGUGGUCACUCGCGGCCUCCCCGUCUCCAGCGUUCCAGUUCUCCUACACAGCUGUCUUCGGUGCCUACACUGCUUUCCUCUUCAUCCGUACAGGACACCUGAUUGGGCCGGUUCUCUGCCACUCCUUCUGCAAUUACAUGGGUUUCCCGGCUGUUUGCGCGGCCUUGGAGCACCCGCAGAGGCGGCCCCUGCUGGCAGGCUAUGCCCUGGGUGUGGGACUCUUCCUCCUUCUGCUCCAGCCCCUCACGGACCCCAGGCUCUACGGCAGCCUUCCCCUUUGUGUGCUUUUGGAGCGGGCAGGGGACUCAGAGGCUCCCCUGUGCUCCUGACCUCCGCUCUGGGAUACACUAUGAACUCUCACUGGCUCCCCAGCCCUCCCCACCAAAGGGUACUGCAGGGGAGGGACUGGCUGGGGUCCCCGAGAUCUCAGGAAUUUUUGUAGGGGAUUGAAGCCAGAGCUAGUUGAAUCCCAGGGACAAGAGAAAGGAGCAGAUAUCCAAAGGGUGCAACCCCUCUUGAAAGGGGUGUUUACGAGCAGCUGUGAGUGAGGGGACAAGGGGCAGGUCCCAGGAGCCACACACUCCCUUCCUCACUUUGGACUGCUGCUUCUCUUAGCUCCUCUGCCUCUGAAAAGCUGCUCGGGGGUUUUUUAUUUAUAAAACCUCUCCCCACCCCCACCCCCCAACUUCCUGGGUUUUCUCAUCUUUUUGCAUCAGGACUUUGUAUUGGGAUAUUAAAGAGAUUUAACUUGGGUAA